AGUAGCAGUUAAAGUUCAUUCACUGGUUUAAGCACAUAAGCCGGAACUUGUAACCUGUCUCUUCUUCUUCUCUGCGGAUGAGAUUCUCCUACUGCUGCAGUUUUCUCUCUAUAAAUGUUUUCAGACUAAAAAUAGCAACAGUUUUCAUAAAAAAAUAUACUCCAAAAAGAACGACGAGUGGAGAGAGUGAAACCGAGGAAGGAGUAAAGUGUAAAGGAGUGGGUGAUUUUUCGGAUAUUCUUGUGACUCCGCUCGUCGUCGCCUUGGCAGUCUUCGCAGUUAGUCAUUCGCAUUUUUAACUCUUUGGGAUUUUUGGAGGAGCAGAAGCAGUGGGGAAAUUUGUAUAGAUUUUUCUCUUUUUCGAAAAGAAAUAUGUCUUCAAAGAAGCAGAAAUCAUCCGUAAGCACAUUUACUCAACUAAUCGAGAGUGAGAAAACUAAUUACUCGUCGUCGUCGUCAUCCAUGAUGGCCAACAACAACCAUUCCGGAGGGGAAGAGGACGAAGAGGAAGAAGAGCUUUUGUUUGAAGAAGAUUUAAAUAAAUCCCCAGAACCACAACCGGAUUUAUCCGUAUUGCAUGAUUUUAAUAUUAACAAUGUCAAGGAAGUCAAAGAGGUGAAGCAGGAGCAGCAACAGCAGUCAGUUCAACAUGUCAAAGAAGGAUCAAACACAACCUCGAUAAGUACGCAUCAACAGAUAACGCAACAAAAAACGGUGAUAAAAACACAGUCAUCAACGGAGUCGUCUAGUAAAGAAAAGAAGAAAAUGGUCGUUCAAAAACAAGUCACUCAGCAGCAAGUUGUUCAAUCCGAACAGGUCGUCAUGAAGCAGCAACAGGAAGAAGAAGAACACCACGAAGAACAGCAACAAGUUGUUCAAGAAAAUGACGCCGUUGGGAACAAAUUACAAAGGAAAAAGGAAAUUAAUCAAGCUAAUUUAUUCCCAAUUAAUAAUCCAACUGGAUUUCCGUUGGGGGAAUCUAAAGUUUUUGCUAAAGUUUGUGUUGCAGAGUUGAGACGAAGUUUCGGGUCUCUAAUUUGUGAACGUAAUAAUAAUCAGUCUGAUUUCUCGAGCCUUGAUUGGAAUAGUCGAUCAAAAUCCAGUGAUCCUGCCAGUGAUGAUCAACUCCAGAGGAGUAGUCUAACAAAUGGCAGAUUAAUUAUUUCACCUACUGUUUGGUCGGGUGGUGGUGGUUGUUUGAAAUCCAGCUUCUCCAAAUUUGAUAAAUUGCAAAAGAGAACGUUGAAAGAACAGGAAGCUAAUGGAAGCAACCAAAAAAUAUGCAAGUCGUGUUCGAAGGAAGUAUUUCUUGUGGAAUUGAUAAAAGCAGAAAAGUCAUCCUGGCAUAAAAAUUGCUUUCGCUGUGUUGAAUGCCAAAAGCAGUUGAGCGUGGACACGUACAGUUCCCAUGAAGGAAAACUCUACUGCAAGCCGCACCACCGCUCAUUAUUUCUCCCAAAACAAGUGAUUCGUUCUUCAGAGGAGGAAAUGGAACCGGUGACGAAACCAAAACCUACAUGCAUCAUCCGUGAAAAUGACCCCGUCCAAUUACCACCUGACGUUGUUCGGGCAUCCGACAGUUUGGGAACUGGGUUGGAAGACUUGCAAAUUGAUGUCAAAUCAAGAUUUGAAAUGUUUGAAAAGAAGAAAAGUGACGAUGCUGAUUUGGGUGGAGCUGAUAAAAUUCAGGGACCGCCGGUUAAGAGAUCCCCUUCGGUAUUAGCGAAAUUAGCGAAAUACGAAAAGUCAGCAUCGUCAACGAAUGGUGUUUUAACGGAGGAAUUAGUCGGAAAUGGCGUGGAAUUAAAUGGGGAAGAGUCGGAGGAAGAAGAACAAGAGAGAAUUAAAAUAAAGUCACCACUGACAGCGAUGCAGGAAAUUAUGCAGCAAAAACAAUUGGAAGAAGUGAGAAAUAAAUGGAAGUCAAAUGAUCAAGGUGAUUCGAUUGAAGCGAGAACACAGGAACAAAUGGCGGAGGAGAGAAAGUCAGAAAUGGCCAGGUUUCGGUCCCGCUUGUGUCAAGGAAAAUCCACGAAUCUGAAAACUUUAUACGAACAAGGAUUGACUAAAAAUGAGUCCACCGGCUCGGAAUCGACAAACGUGUCUGAAUUGGAGUCACUAAAUUGUCACGCGAACAAUCGUAAAUUAAAGGAAUUGUUUGAAAAAGGAGAAAUUUACCGUGAGGAUGAAAAUGACGAUGGGAAUAAAAAUAAAUUGGACAUGGACGUUUUCGAAGCUGGCGUGGGGAAGGAGGGCAGGAAAUUAUGGCAACAGUUAGAUAAGCAGCAGAUGAUGGAACCUGUGAAGCCCGUCACCACUCGCGGCCCCACGCGAUUCAUAACCACACUGCCAACGGCGAACCAAGAAAUAAUUCGUUCGGACUCGACACAAGACGAAAUAAAAAUCGAAACAGAAUCAUUGAGGGAAAAAUUCAAAUUUUUUGAACAACAAAAAGAACAACAGCAACAACAGGGGAAAGUUUUCAGAAUCACACCUGAAAGAGAAGGGGAAAAUCCUGGGGGGAAAAUUAGCCCCACGCGCUAUGUGGACCCCACGGUGACCACACCGACAACUGACCCAAUGGAACAAUGUAUUUUAACCAAAUCAAAAACUGCCUCGAAAAUGCUCUCUGUUUUCCGCGAAUUGGAAUCUCAACAGGAUAAACCGGUUGCCAAAGGGGAAAGGAAAUUUAAGGAAUUUACUCCUCCGAGGGGAGACACCAUUAAAGAUAACUGCGACAGCGGGAGGAGUGACGAUGAAAAUGAUAAUGACGAGGAAUGUGAAGAUGGCGAAGAAGGCGGCGUGGUCGAUACGGAAAAAGAUGCUUUCUUAAAGGAAGUCGGGUCCCUGGCCAAGGCCCGCUCGCUCCGUGCAAGAUUCGAGAAAUGGGAACAGUGUGAAAAUGAACGAAAUAAAAAAUCGCAUUUGGAAACCGCUCCCAUCGCGUUGGAAUCCGGUGAGGACGCCGAUGGUCAAAAUCAAAGUAUCGAAUCUGCGAGUAUUCUCAGAGCGAAAUUUGAAGAGAAAAUGCGACAAGAGCAAGAAAUCAAAGCGAGCAAGGCCAAAGUGGUCGUCAGGAGAUUUGUGUCCGACUACGAUCCUGACUCGUCGCCUGAUUACAUCGACUCUGCCGCUCCCUCGAUAUUUUCCUCCUUGAUUAUCUCCACCACUCCUUCGCCCACGAGUUAUAAUAACACGAUGGCCGACUCAAAUUGCGCUUUUUGCGAGAAAAAAGUGUACGCGAUGGAAAAAUUAGAAGCCAAUUCACAAGUUUAUCAUAAAACUUGCUUCAGGUGCUCCGUCUGCAAAACGAUCAUGAGGCUGGACGCCUUCACCUUCCACCACGGGGCGUUGUACUGCAAGAACCAUUUUAAACAAUUGUUUAAGAUUAAAGGAAAUUAUGAUGAAGGUUUCGGCUUCGAAACCCAAAAACAAUUAUUUGCCAAAAAACAAGCCGAACAAAAAUGAUAUUUUAUUGUCGAAAUUGUAUUUUAAUGUGGACGUCGGAUGAUUUUUUUCAAAUUUUAAACAAGAGAUUUUAAUGUGGAAUUUUUAAAUUUUAAAUUUUAAAAAAUCGCACGUGUGGAUGUGUAAAUAAAGAAUUUGAAUUGACAA